UCUUCUACCCAAGACACACUCCCUUUUUCUUUGUUUUGCACCCUCCCAUGCAAGAGAGAGAGAUUUAUCAGAAACAUCCAAAAGCCUAAAGGCAUAGAGAACCGUGUUGCUAGAGAGAGAGAGAGAAUCAAACUCAAUUACUACUCCUAUGAGAAGAGAAUCCUUUAGCUACUGUCCCAAUCUUCACAACGUUAUCUCCUUGUAACUUUGGAACCAACAACACUACACACAUGUAUGUAUUUGCCUCUUAAACCAACAUUUCUUCUAGUAUAGUACUACUAUAUGCCCCCCCCUUAAUUAUUUCAUACUAUUAAUGCACUUGUACUAGUACUUUACACAUUCAUUUUCAACCCAACCCAACCCAACCAAAUAUUCAUCUUGCUUUCUAUCAAUAUGGCUGCUUGUGCUUUGUUCAAUGGUGCUACUACUGAUGAAACCAACAACAAUAGUGCUUCAAACUCCAGCAAUAUCAGUAGUGAAGAUUUACACACUCUACACAACAGCAACACCAACAUGCCACAACAACAACAACCUCAUUCUGAUAGAAAAGUGCUUAGAAAAAGAAUGGCUUCUGAAAUGGAACUUCAACUUCAAGUCCACAACAACAACAAUAGAUUUUCUCGUAGAAACAACAACAACAUUUCCUCAUUGAAUUGUUCUUUACCUUCUUCCACAGAAAAAGGUGUUACAACAACAACAACAACAACACUAGCCGCAGGUACAAAUAAUAAUGCUAAUAAUAAUAACUUUCAUUAUAAUACUAAUAAUAUAAACAAUAGUAGUCAUCAUAGUAAUGUUGCUUUGUCACGAGAUAACGUUGCUGUUCAAAAUUACCCCACUGUGACCGUCACAACCAACUACUCCACUAUGUUGCUACCUUCUUCUUCCAACAAUCUCAACAAUUCCUCAACCUCAAACUACGCUCAUUUUCAACAACCACUUGUUGAGGAACAAAACCAUGUUCCUAAUAUUUGUGGUUUUUCUGGUUUACCACUUUUUCCAUCUCAAAACCAACCCAACAGAACCAGCAACAGAAACAGUAACAGUAACAUAAGUUCUGCUACUAAUAUUGUUGAUGUUGUUAACUCUUCUACACCUUCUAUGAUGGACGAAACAUCAGCUACAACAAACUGGAUUGAUGGUAUUUUGAAGGAUCUUAUUCAUACUUCAAACAGUGUUUCUAUUCCUCAACUUAUCAACAAUGUUAGAGAGAUUAUAUAUCCUUGUAAUCCAAACCUUGCUCUUGUUCUUGAACAUAGGUUACGUCUUCUUACAGAAACUGCUCCAAGUGUUGUUCCUGAGAGAAAAAGAAACAACACUGAACAACAAAGUGUUUCUAAUGUUAAUGUUUUACCUGCUUCUAAUGUUAAUUCCUCAGUCAAACUCAUGAACCGUGUUGAUGACAUUGUUCCACAUUUUUCUGAUUCAUCAACUCUUUUGAAUCAAAAUCAAAACAUGUUUCCUAAUUGGGGUGUGCCACAAAUCAAUAACAACAAUAACCCUUUGGUUACUUUACCUUCACAACCACAAUCAACACAACAAGAUCAACAUCAACAUCAACAACAUCAAGAGCAUCAAGAAGAUCUUGUACCUGCAACAACACCACCACCACCAACUUCUGCUGAGUUAGCAAUAACAAGAAAAAAGAAAGAGGAGAUUAAAGAACAGAAGAAGAAAGAUGAAGAAGGUUUACACCUUCUAACAUUACUUCUUCAAUGUGCAGAAGCAGUAUCAGCAGAGAAUCUUGAACAAGCAAAUAAGAUGUUACUCGAAAUUUCGCAGCUUUCUACGCCUUUCGGGACCUCGGCACAAAGAGUAGCAGCUUAUUUCUCAGAAGCAAUUUCAGCAAGACUAGUGAGUUCAUGUUUAGGAAUCUAUGCAACACUUCCACCACACACACUACAUAAUCAAAAAGUUGCUUCAGCUUUUCAAGUCUUCAAUGGUAUUAGUCCAUUUGUGAAAUUCUCUCAUUUCACUGCUAACCAAGCUAUACAAGAAGCUUUUGAUAGAGAAGAAAGAGUUCACAUCAUAGAUCUUGAUAUCAUGCAAGGUUUACAAUGGCCUGGUCUUUUUCAUAUCCUUGCUUCAAGACCAGGUGGACCUCCUUAUGUGAGACUCACUGGAUUAGGUACUUCCAUGGAAACCCUUGAAGCUACUGGUAAACGUUUGUCUGAUUUUGCAUCUAAACUUGGUCUUCCUUUUGAGUUCUUUCCUGUUGCUGAGAAAGUUGGAAAUAUUGAUGUUGAGAAGCUUAAUGUUAGUAAAUCAGAAGCUGUUGCUGUUCAUUGGUUGCAACAUUCUCUAUAUGAUGUUACUGGUUCAGAUACAAACACUUUAUGGCUCUUGCAAAGGUUGGCACCUAAAGUGGUAACAGUAGUGGAACAAGACUUGAGCAAUGCAGGCUCAUUCUUGGGAAGGUUUGUGGAAGCAAUACAUUACUACUCAGCAUUAUUUGAUUCUCUUGGUUCAAGCUAUGGAGAAGAGAGUGAAGAGAGACAUGUGGUGGAGCAGCAACUAUUAUCAAGAGAGAUUCGUAACGUACUUGCAGUUGGUGGACCAUCAAGGAGUGGUGAGAUAAAGUUUCAUAAUUGGAGAGAAAAGCUUCAACAGUGUGGUUUUAGAGGUAUCUCUUUGGCUGGUAAUGCAGCUACACAAGCUAGUCUUCUUCUUGGCAUGUUCCCUUCUGAAGGGUAUACUUUGGUUGAGGAUAAUGGUAUCCUUAAACUUGGUUGGAAAGAUCUUUGUUUGCUUACUGCUUCUGCUUGGAGACCUCCCUUUCAUACCAACAAUAUCAUACCACAUCAUAACUGAUGGAACUAAUCAAUCUCGUCAUUGAUUUAAUAUCGAACGACUCAGUACCUCCAUGACAUAGUUACUGCAGGGAAUCUAAUCUCUGCUUAGUUAGGAAUGAAAAUAGAUUCCCCGCAGUCACUGGUCAUGUAGUAAUGAUUUUGAUGGUUGAUGAAGAUCGGACGGUUGAAAUUGAUUUACCAAAGUUAUAAUGUGAGUCGUCUGAUUUAUAUCUCAUGGAUGAAGAUUGGAUGGUUGAGAUUGAUUUACCAAAGUUAAAAUGUGAGUCGUCUGAUCUGUAUCUCAUGACUUGCACUAGCUUAGUCCCUGUUGAUGGCCUUUUGAUUUGCAUAUUAUAAUCCUUUGUAGCAUCCCUAUGUUCCUUUAAUCAAAAUUUAAGAGAUAUUAUUAGGUGUUUAGGAAGCAUGUGAUAUUUCUUGCUGCCAAAUGUGUACCGCUUCAGUGAUGACACAAAAAUGUACGAGUUAAUAAUAGAAGAGAGGGAUGAUAAUAUGGCUGAAGAGGUACACAUUUAAUAUGAUAGUAUUUUGUUUUAUUAAGAGAACUCAUAAGCAUGCUAUUGUGAUAUUUCAUACCUUUAUGGGUACCAAAUUAUAUAUACCUUUACUAUGUGUUUUAUAA